GUAUGUUCUCCAGCUCCGUCUUGGAUAAAUUAUUUGAAAAUGUUAGGUACAACAGUGCCAGAAGCUAUGUUGUUUGAAGAAUACGAGGAUGCUGAACGAUAUGCUCAAGAUAUUCUAAUUCGUUUACAAGCUAUUAAUUACCAAUCACCUUGUGCCCAAAGACAUUUGUCUGAUGUUACUACAUGCACUAUUACAUGGUUUUCAAUUACAAUUACAUCACAAAUAACAAUGAAAAUUCCAAAUUGCAUGCAUCGACAUUUAAUGCAACAUUUAACAACAAGCGCGAUUUUGCUUCAUGCCCCCACAUACGGAAUAGAAGUAUCCCUUGAAAACAUGUGCUUCACUACCAGAGCUUCUGAUUUCAUGACAGAUCAUGGUUUAAAUCUUGGAGAUGUUGUAUUUAGACAUAUUGGCUUUUUUACUUUUGAAACAUUUCUCUAUUCUGCCAACGACAAUAAAAAAAAGGGAACGCAAUCGUCAGGGCCAAUACUUAACUUCCCGUCUUUGUGA